AUGGCUUCUGAGGCUGGUAUCGGCGUGGCGAACAUCGUCUUGACGUUCGUCAUCAAUGUCCUCGUCCUGUUAUGCAUCAAACCUCUGUGGCCGCGCGGGAUCGGCCUCCCGUGCUUCGUCACGGGCAGGCCGGACGGAACGCUCCGCACCUCGCCUCGGCACUUCCUCGCCUGGGACCAAAUCGACCCAGCGGGCCUGACUCAGUCGUGGCUUCUACCAGAGUGGGGCCUCGUGGCGUUCCGGUGCUCCAUGGUCCUGACGUGGCUCGGCACCAUGGUCCUCCACGCAGUGACCGGGGGCGGGUUCACGUACGGCUACGCGGACCCGCCGGGGACGUGGAUCAUCUUCUUCACCAACAUCACGUGGGUGGGGUUCUGCGUCGCGUUCUGUGCGGGGUUGUACAACCACCUAAUGAAGGACCUCCAACCCCCCCCCCCGGGGCCCGCGGGCGAGAAAGUCUUCAUCCAGCACGACGGCCCGACGAUCGACGGCAUCGAGACAGGGGCGGGCCCCGUGGACUUGCCACCCGCGGAGGACGCACAAGCAUGUGCGCCGCCGCCGGUGUGGGCGUGGUACCAGAAGGCGUUCAUACUGAUCUGGGUGGUCAUUCUGACGUCGUCGCUGAUGCUGGACGUGUUCUACUGGGCCGUGAUCUACGACGGCGGCGCAGAGUACUGGGAGGUCGCAGGCGCGGCGAAGGAGUUCACAAACGCGAUGCGGCACGCCGUCAACACAGCGCUGCUGUGGAUCGACCUCUUCCUGUCGAAAGUACCCAUCGCGACGUACCACUACCAGCCUGUGCUGUGGUACACGACGGCGUACGCGGUGUGGAUGUGGAUAUACUACGGCGCCUCGGGGGACUGGAUCUACGAGUCUCUCGGCUGGGACAGGGCGUCGUCUCCGGCUUACGUCAUCCUGCUUGUGGUGUUGCUGGCCAUCAGUUUGUUCAUUAAUUUCGGCCUCGUGCUGCUCCGCGACAAGCUCAGCCACGCGUACCACACGCACCGCGGCACCCUCUGA